AGCAAAUAGAUAGCCUAAUCUGCAAAUCCUUGUCCAGCUUCUGAGCUCAGAGAUAGAGAGAGCGAGAGGUUAGAGAUAGUAGUAGUUUUACCGAUGAUUGAGUCGGUUAUGGCCAUCCGUCUCUCCACCGGAUUUUGCUCGUCAACGGCGUUACUCCAGUAUCGUAGUGCACCGAGCUCGGAGGAGGGAGGAAACUGCUUCCAUUAUGCGUCCCGCCGCGUUUUUCAGCCUCAACGUCUCAACCAUAUUGAUGGGAGUGGAUUUCUGAAGUACAACAGUGACUAUUUAACUAGAAAACACCUGAGGAAGAAUCGAACGCAAGCCACAGCCGAGUACGUAGAUUCAGCUUCAGAUCCAGGAAAGCAAACUGGGAAGUCAAGGUAUCAUCCUUCAGAAGAAAUAAGAGCCUCUUUGCCACAGAAUGCCGAAGAUUCCAGGCUUUCACCUGCAGAAACUACUAGAACCAUCAUUGAGGUGAACAAUAAAGGAACCCUGAUGCUUACAGGUUCAAUUGGUGAUGGAGUUCAUGAGAAUAUUCUCUGGCCAGAUAUACCUUACAUAACAGAUCAGAAUGGAAAUUUGUACUUUCAAGUAAAGGAGGAUGAGGAUGUCAUGCAGUCCGUUACUUCUGAAAAUAAUUAUGUGCAAGUUAUAGUUGGUUUUGAUACGAUGGAGAUGAUCAAGGAAAUGGAGCUGAUGGGUCUUUCUGAUAGUGACUUUGAAACUGAAGAUGAUGAAAGUGGAGAGGAUGACAGUGAGGAUACAGGAGAAGACGAAGAUGAGGAGGAAUGGGUUGCUGUUCUAGAGGAUGAAGAUGAAGACGACGAUGAUGAUGAGGAUGAUGAUGAUGAUGAUGAUGAUGAUGAUUCUGAUUCCGAUGAAUCGCUGGGAGACUGGGCAAAUUUGGAAACAAUGAGGAGUUGCCAUCCCAUGUUUUUUGCAAAGAGAAUGACUGAGGUUGCUUCAAAUGAUCCUGUUGAUUGGAUGGAUCAGCCAUCUGCUGGCCUUGCUAUCCAGGGACUUCUGAGUCAUAUCUUAGUGGAAGAUUAUUCAGAUAUCCAAAAGAAACUUGCUGAUAGUAAUUCUACAAGUACAAACAGAAACAAGGAUGCAGAAAACUUAGAAGAAAAGCUUGCAGACAUUAGUAAGGCUGGUGAUGAAGAAUCUGACAUAGAUUCGUCGCAGGGUGAAAAAGAAAGAACUGUGGUGGCAUUUUACAAGCUGGAGAUGAUUAGAAUUCAGCUUAUUACAGCACAAGGGGAUCAGACUGAAGUUGAGGUGGAAGAUGUCAGAAAAGCACAACCUGAUGCUAUUGCUCAUGCAUCAGCUAAAAUCAUAAGCCGUUUAGAAGAAUCUGGUGAUAAACUAACUGAAGCCCUCAAAUCUCUGUGUUGGAGACAUAAUGGUAUUCUAGCAGAGGAAGUGAAGCUGAUUGGGAUAGAUUCCUUAGGUUUUGACCUCAGGCUUUGCGCAGGAGCAAAGAUUGAGUCAUUGCGGUUUGCAUUCUCGACAAGGGCAACAUCAGAAGAAAAUGCAGAGGGACAAAUUAGAGAACUAUUAUUCCCGACAACGAACCAGGCGACGCAACCGAAACCGAAAUGAGCAAGUCAGAAGGAUUGUUGAUGCUGUAGUAAUCUUCUGUGACGCUGCGCAGAGAAAACAGUUCCAUGAACCAAAAUCCAAACAAGCAAAUCAGUAUGUUUUUGGAACAAAUAUGAACAAGUUCUUGGAGAUCUAAGCAAAAGAGUAAGAUCUGUGGCUUCAAGCAAUUUUUCAAUUGAUUUUUGAACGCUGUAAUUUCUUGUUAAAAUUGUUCUCAAGUUUGUGGGUUACUCUGCACAAAUUGGGCAUUGAAGUUUCAACCCAUUCUUUAGAAAAUGCUUGCUUACGCUAAAAUCCCCUUAAACUAGACCUCCGAUCUGAUAUUUCUCUGAACUAUCUUGUUCGAAAAAUGAAUGACUAAAGCGUAUGAAUGUU